GUUUUAUUUUUUAUUGGAAAAUGUGUCUAGAAAAAAUCCUACAUCUUAAAUUGGUCUCCAUCUUAAGUUGGUAGAUUCCAUCUCAGAUAACAAAUUUCCGGUCAAUUUUCGGGUUAUCCUUGUACAGUUUUUAUUCUUAUUGCCGACGCUGUUCUCCUUAAACUUGAAGCAAGUACUGGAAAAUUUUGAUUUUGCUUCUGAGAUUCAGUUCUAAAAACCUAUGUUGGGUAAAAAUGGUAAAACAGCAGGACUAAGAAGAUGUGUGUCUUAAUAUCUCCUCGUCGCUUUCUUGCUUUUAGGCUGGAGUGAAGGUAUCGCACGACCUCCUUGUCUGUUUGGCUAACGCGCGUCAAACGUAUACUGCAGUAAAGAAUUAUAUCUGCAAAAGUGUAGAAAAAAGACUGAAGUAGUGAAAGGAGCACAACUUGCUCAUUCACAUCUUCUAUACCCCACGAAUGGUUACGCUACUGCUAGUACUCGACGACCAUCUUCAGCAUUCCCAACCCCUUCUGAGUAGGCCAAGAACAACAGCGAUGCAUCGUCCCGUAUUUUUAUACUCCACCGAUGAUCUGGGACGAGCAUAAGUCUACGUAAAAAGCGCAAAGCAUAUCUCAACCUACGGCCACCUACAAGCAGCCAGCCACGAUCUUUGUAGGCCCAAUCAAGACAAGGAUCGAGUAAGUUCUUCGACAAGUCCCGCAGCGCGACACCUUCGCGACGCCUAUUUGUGUCCCUUCCCGCAGAAAGCCAACCUCAUCAACAGACCAAGAAGAGUGACAACAUCGAAGAUGGCAACCUUGGUCCAGGAGACGCCAGUCUAUGCUGGCCACGAGAUAGGUCAUUUGAGUAACGCUGCAGCAAAAUGGGUAGAUUUGAGUGGAUCGUGGAACCUCUUCCGAAGAGCAGGAGACUUACUCCACCUAGGCGGAACCUUGUUCUUGCUGGUUUCGAUACUAUUGCGGCGGUCAACUCUAGGGAUAAGUUGGAAAACGCAAUUCCUAUAUACGGUGGUGUUUUUUACGAGGUAAUGAAUAUGUUGAAUAUUACAGUUCUUGCUGGGGGAGUGGGGCAGCCGCCGUGUAGCCUUGUCCACAUGCACUGUAUCCGAAACCUAACCUGGGGCACACGCAAUGACUAUUUAAUCGUGUCUGUGCUACAACUUUUUAGUAGUUCUCAACAAGCUUAUUUCUGGUCUUCCGCAAAUCGGCUAAGCGAGAAGAUUUUAAGAUUUUGAUAUAGAAAACUCUCGACAGGUACCUCGAUCUCCCGGACAACAUCUGGACUUACAGAAAUUUUCCGCAGGAAGCAGCAAAAAUGGAAUAUCUCAUUCUUUUCAAGGGCACCUACAUGCUGGUGCAAGUAGUGAUCCUCUUUCUCUUCUUCCGGUUUAACGCUGCAACAAACGGCACCUACGAAACCCAUAAAGACACUUUCAACAUAUGGUUUGUGCUGGUACUGAAUUCUUACUACUGUUCGUAUUCCUGUGUAGAAGUUCGUAUUUCCAGAUUUACAGAUCAACAUGGUCUCCGAAGUAAGAGUAUUAAAUGUGAAUAAAUUCGCAAAGGAACAACAACACCUUUUUUACAACAGGUCACUUGAUAGAAGAGAGAUCAGAUUCGGAACUCUUCAUCCAAGAAAGAAUUUCCAGUAAAAGAACUUCCACCUCCAAAGCAUCCACCUCCAGAACCUACCCACGACAACUCCACCUUCACCACCACCACCUACCUCACCACCACUAAAAUUCCAACACUCAGUCAGGUCCCCUACUUCAUCAUCGCCGCUCUUUUCGCCCAAAGAAGAACCGUCUCGGAGAUCUGCUGGACGUACAGCGAGUAUAUAGAAGCGUUCGUGAUGGUCCCGCAAUACGUGUUUCAGUACCGUAAUGAGAAACAGUCACCGGGGAGAGGGGACCGGCAUCCUAGUGUCUUUAUUUGGAUUAUGUGCAUCGGGCUGUACCGAUGCCUCUACUUCCUGAACUGGAUGUGGAAGGAAUUGCACAACGACUACGUUGCACCACAUAGCUUGAUUGGUACAAUUUUGUGAUUUAUUGUUACGAGCACCAUCAUCUUCGCUAUUUUUACCUUGUUAGUAAGUAGGUUAAUCAUGUGGAGCAGAGCGCAACUUGAAUGUGUAGGUGCAACAGCUACGAUGUCUAGAACAAUCUUUACCUGCCCAACAGGUGGCAGCCUCCAAAUCCUCUUAUUCUCGGAUUUCCUGACCUACUAUAUCUGCGACAUAUCAUGCCUGCGCACGCUGGUUCUCUAUUCCGAUGACAAAAUUAAUGAUGCGGGUGACGCCAUCGAAUUGCGGGUACUGUCUUUAGGAACUAAAAAAUAGUUAUUUUUAGAUCCUCAUCCUUUUCCUCGUUUUGGUUUCUCCUCUCACAUGCAUAGUUGUGGGGUCUCUUCUCGUCACAGAGUCACCGCUAUUGAGGUUCUCUUCAAAAUCAACAGUCUCAAAAUAUUCAAUUCUAUUCUAUCAAUCAUUCGUCCACAACACUAUCCCAAGGCCUUCCCAUCGCGAGCACCUGAAGUAGAGCAGAAACGACUGAGAAGGCGAAACCGCAACGAACCUGGGUAUCAGCAGGUCGGCACAGAUCUCGGUGACCCUACUAUGGUGGGGAGACCCGAGUUCGAUGAUAUUUUGUAACCUUGCUCGACGAAAGAGGAAUACAACUAGUCGCAAGCAACGUCGUUGCUAGAUUAUAGGCGUUGCAGGAGAGCAGGAACGGAGGCUCGCGGCUGUAGUUCUAGCACUAUAGUAUAGGGCAGAGAAGUAACUUCCGAGUGUUCCAAUUUCCUAUGCACGAAGGAGCAUAAACGGCAAAUCAAACUGACGAAUGAAAAAUCCUGUUACAAAGUUAUAGUUCAACUCGUGUAGUUAAUUGGUUGUUGUUGUACCUGAAACAAAGAAGAUCAUUCCCAAGAUCAUACCUGAAACAAAGAAGAUCAUUCUACAACCAGACCUCAAUAUUACAGUCUCACCUAUAAUUUCCCUUUCCUCCCAAAACUGACUCAACCAAAAUGAUUAGUACCCUGAAAAGCCCAAAAGACCAACAAGAGCUCUAGCAAUCCUUGGGAACAACAACCAUCACAGCGCCGACUUCGGUUUAGAAGCGGUCGGCGCUGUGAUAGUUGUUGUUCCCACCGCGGGGGUCGCAUUAAAUGACAGAUGCCAUGAAGAGCAGAGCUACAAUUAUGCGUCGUGUGAAUCAUGGUCUACACUUGACGAAUACGAAUGGUCUCAGAAUGCGUGAAAUUUUGUCAUCCGUCGAGAAGUUGUGGACAGUGCAAGUUUCUUCAUCAGGAUGAUUGUGAUCUGUUGGGUGUCACAGAUGGAUCUUACUUGGGUGUAACAAAUGUUCUAUGUUGUAUCCUCUUC